CGCCAAGAAAGGAGCCGAGAAAGUAUGGCUGAAGAGGAGGCGCCUAAGAAGUCCCGGGCCGCCGCCACCGGCGGCGGCGGCGGCGGCGGCGGCGGCGGCGCGAGCUGGGAACUUUAUGCCGGGGCGCUCCCAGCUGGCCCGGUGGCGGCAGGGAGCGGAGACGCUGGCAGCCGCCGCCGCCGCCCCCCAGCUGACUCUGGACGCUUGGCGCGCCGGCUCCUGCUACUGCUUUGGCUGCUGGAGGUUCCGCUGCUGCUGGGGGUCCGGGCGCAGGCAGUGGGCCAGGGGCCGGGCCAGGGGCCCGGGCCGGGGCAGCAGCCCCCGCCGCCGCCGCCGCCCCAGCAGCAGCAGGGCGGGCAGCAGUACAACGGCGAGCGGGGCAUCUCCAUCCCGGACCACGGCUAUUGCCAGCCCAUCUCCAUCCCGCUGUGCACGGACAUCGCGUACAACCAGACCAUCAUGCCCAACCUUUUGGGCCACACGAACCAAGAGGAUGCGGGCCUUGAGGUGCACCAGUUCUACCCCUUGGUGAAGGUGCAGUGCUCGGCGGAACUCAAGUUCUUCCUGUGCUCCAUGUACGCUCCAGUAUGCACGGUGCUGGAGCAGGCUCUGCCGCCCUGCCGCUCCCUGUGCGAGCGCGCGCGCCAGGGCUGCGAGGCGCUCAUGAACAAGUUCGGCUUCCAGUGGCCUGACACGCUCAAGUGCGAGAAGUUCCCGGUGCACGGCGCCGGCGAGCUGUGCGUGGGCCAAAAUACAUCGGACAAGGGCACCCCGACGCCCUCGUUGCUGCCGGAGUUCUGGACCAGCAACCCUCAGCACGGCGGCGGGGGGCACCGUGGCGGCGGCUUCCCGGGGGGCUCCGGCGCGUCGGAGCGAGGCAAGUUCUCUUGCCCACGCGCCCUCAAGGUGCCCUCCUAUCUCAACUACCACUUCCUUGGGGAGAAGGACUGCGGUGCGCCUUGUGAGCCGACCAAGGUGUACGGGCUUAUGUACUUUGGACCCGAGGAGCUGCGCUUCUCGCGCACGUGGAUCGGCAUCUGGUCGGUGCUGUGCUGCGCCUCCACGCUCUUCACGGUGCUCACGUACCUGGUGGACAUGCGGCGCUUCAGCUACCCGGAGCGGCCCAUCAUCUUCCUGUCCGGCUGCUACACUGCAGUGGCCGUGGCCUACAUCGCCGGCUUCCUGCUGGAGGAUCGAGUGGUGUGUAACGACAAGUUCUCCGAGGACGGGGCGCGCACAGUGGCGCAGGGCACCAAGAAGGAGGGCUGCACCAUCCUCUUUAUGAUGCUUUACUUCUUCAGCAUGGCCAGCUCCAUCUGGUGGGUGAUCCUGUCGCUCACCUGGUUCCUGGCAGCGGGCAUGAAGUGGGGUCACGAAGCCAUCGAGGCUAACUCGCAGUAUUUUCACCUGGCCGCCUGGGCUGUGCCGGCCAUCAAGACCAUCACCAUCCUGGCGCUGGGCCAGGUGGACGGCGACGUGCUGAGCGGGGUGUGCUUCGUGGGGCUCAACAAUGUGGACGCGCUGCGUGGCUUCGUGCUGGCGCCGCUCUUCGUGUACCUGUUCAUUGGCACGUCUUUCUUGCUGGCAGGCUUCGUAUCCCUCUUCCGCAUUCGCACCAUCAUGAAGCACGACGGCACCAAGACCGAGAAGCUGGAGAAGCUCAUGGUGCGCAUCGGCGUUUUCAGCGUGCUUUACACGGUGCCAGCUACUAUUGUCAUCGCCUGUUACUUCUACGAGCAGGCCUUCCGGGACCAGUGGGAGCGCAGCUGGGUGGCCCAGAGCUGCAAGAGCUACGCCAUCCCCUGCCCCCACCUCCAGGCGGGUGGAGGCGCCCCGCCUCACCCGCCCAUGAGCCCAGACUUCACAGUCUUCAUGAUCAAGUACCUUAUGACGCUGAUCGUGGGCAUCACAUCAGGCUUCUGGAUCUGGUCCGGCAAGACCCUCAACUCCUGGAGGAAGUUCUAUACCAGGCUCACCAACAGCAAACAGGGGGAGACCACCGUCUGAGAGACCUGGGGGCUCAGCCCGUUCCCAGCCGUCGGCUUCGUCCCAGCCACUCUCAUAAAGCUGGCCCCAUGGAACUAUUGCCAAGCCUGGCUACUCAAGGCUUCCUCACUAGCCAUAUCACUUUUCGCAGGCUCCUUUUAACAACACAGCUCCUGCAAAAGCUUCCGUCCCUGGGGGCAAACGGACUGGAGGGCCCAACUGCCACGGGGGGAGGGGGGGGGAUGGGGGAGGGUGGUGAACAGACCUCUCUCUGGUUCUCACACUCUGGUAUCAGGACUGUACGCUUUUAUGAUUGUAAAUAGCUUGUGUAAGAUUUUUGUAAGUAUAUUUGUAUUUAAAUGAUGACCGGUCACGCGUUUUUCUUUUUUCUGCCUUUUCCUUUUUUGUUGUUGUUGUUGUUGUUUUGUUUUGUUUAAGUUUCAAUUAUUUAGGGCGGUUUAACCAUUUGAGGCUUUUCCUUUGCCUUUUCGGAGUACCGCAGAGAUAAAACCGGAGCGCACGGUGCUCUUGCUUAUUCUGGCGCGCCCCUCCCUGCGGAGGUCGUGGUGCGUCUGGGGCUGCGCGGCCCAGGUCACUUCCCGCCUCCGCUUUCUGCUUUUUCCUUUACCUUCAUUGCUAGGGGUUGGGGCUCUUUAGAUAUAGAACUCCACAGAGCUUCCAGAUCCGGGGGUAGACCUCUGCCCGUCCCAGGUGUGCCCUUGGCGGGGUAGGGGGGGGGGAGCAGAUUGUGAAGGCCUUGCCGCUUUAUCCAAAACCGAAUUUUUCACUGUGGAGAACCUUACCCCUAGCUUCAUGGAGGCCCACAGAUGUGGGCUGUGGCAGCCCCAGCCUCCACACUGGCCUCCAACGCCCAGGCACUGCCUCCUUCUACCUAAGUUGGUUAGAGGGUGAGUGGGUAACCAGUGCCAAACUUUUUCAAGUCUAAUUUUUGGUGGAUGAGCUCAUUUCAUUCUCUAGUGUUUAAAACCUGGUAUGGGUUUGGCCAGCGUCUCGGAAAGAUGUGGUUGCUGAGAUUUGGGAAGAAGCUUGGAGCUUUGUGUGGGUGGGGAGAGACUGAAGAUGGAGGUUAUAAAAUGUUAAUUCUAAUUGCAUUCUGAUGCCUGGCAAACUGCCUCUAGGACUGAAGACAGCCCACAUUUAGAUUUUACCUUUCUGUAAAAUGGAAACAUUAGGUCACCUGGAAAGCUUUGUUAAAGAGUUGAUCUUUGCUUUCCUUAACAGGACAGCAGAACCUAAGCUGAAUAGGAAAACUUGAAGGAGAUUUCCGUGUAAUGGACUUUCUCAAAAUGAAGUGCUUUUUAUUAUUUUUAAAUAAUUAGACAUAUAUAAAAAAACUUUAAAAUGUAGAAGUUUUAUACUUUCAACAUAUUAUGAUUAUACAGCAACACAGUGAGAGAGGAACAAUCCACAUCAUUAAAGAUAACCUUGUAGGAUUCCAGGAGGUGAAGGAGGUGGAAUAAUUGGUGGGAUUAGAUCCUGAAAUAAACAAAACCAUGGGCAUGCAUGGUAAAGGGACAGUGUGUGCAGUUCUACUGCAUUAAAUCCUGUGUGCUCUUUUUUGGAUUUACAGAAAUGUGUCAGAUGUAAAUCUUUCAAAGCCAUUUAAAAAUAUUCACUUUAGUUUUCUGUGAAAAAGAGGAGGAAAGCAAACCUCCUGAUUGUAUUGUUUUAAAUUUUAAGAGUUUAUCCAAAUGCCAGUACUUAGGACCUAAAUUUAUCUAUGUCUGUCAUACCCUAAAAUGACAAUGGUCUUUGGUUUUGGUAUGCAUUUAUUCUGUUCACUAUCACAAAAUCAUCUAUAUUUAUAGAGGAAUAGAAGUUUAUAUAUAUAAAAU